GCAGGCGCAGGGAAGGAUCCGUUUUGGCGGGCGGUUGGCGUUGCGCAGAAGGCGGUGGCGGUGGUGUCUUGUGGUCCGGCCUCACCACAGAGGAACAGGGAAGACAUUAGCGUGAGUGAUCGGUCUCGAUUCCGGGAACCGGUGGCCUUAGUCCUUCAGGUGGAACAGCGUGCGACAUGGGAAAGAAAACCAAGCGGACAGCUGACAGUUCUUCUUCAGAGGAUGAGGAGGAGUAUGUCGUGGAGAAGGUGCUAGACAGGCGUGUAGUUAAGGGGCAAGUGGAAUAUCUACUGAAGUGGAAAGGCUUUUCUGAGGAGCACAAUACUUGGGAACCCGAGAAAAAUUUGGAUUGCCCUGAGCUAAUUUCUGAGUUUAUGAAAAAGUAUAAGAAGAUGAAGGAGGGUGAAAAUAACAAACCCAGGGAGAAGUCAGAAAGUAACAAGAGGAAAUCGAAUUUCUCGAACAAUGCUGAUGAUAUCAAAUCCAAAAAAAAGAGAGAGCAGAGCAAUGAUAUCGCUCGGGGCUUUGAGAGAGGACUGGAACCAGAAAAGAUCAUUGGGGCGACAGAUUCCUGUGGCGAUUUAAUGUUCCUAAUGAAAUGGAAAGACACAGAUGAAGCAGACCUGGUUCUUGCAAAAGAAGCUAAUGUAAAAUGUCCACAGAUUGUGAUAGCAUUUUAUGAAGAGAGACUGACGUGGCACGCAUAUCCUGAAGAUGCGGAAAACAAAGAGAAAGAAACAGCAAAGAGCUAAAGGAGGGGGUGGUCUCUGUCAUUUCUCUUUGUAUAUAAUACAUUCACCUCCCUGCCUCCUCUCCCUUCUGCCCACCCCCUUCUAUCCUAAACACAUCCAUAAAAAAUGUGCUUAUCACUGUGCUCCACAGGAGAAAUGUUGGUAUUGGUUCUCUUGUAACAUAACUGAUGGUCUGAUUCAUGAUAAGUGUCUCUCUGUGAAGACCAGGCAUUUACAUACUGUGUAAUUCCCACAGUUUUUUCCUUUGCCCUGAUCUCUUCCUUCUGCUCCCCUGCGACCUCAAGAUGCGUUUUAACUUUUUAAUCACCUUAGAGUCUUGAUCUUUUCAGGGUUGGUUGCUUUUUAGAUUGGGGGAUUUUGUUAUAAUGAUGAUGAAUUUUGGUUUCUUGCUUUGGUUCUUAGAACAUGUUGAUGACCAGCUAGCUUUUGUUUUGAGAUGUUGGGAUAGAAAAGAUGUUCCCGUCUUUUUAAAAAGCCAAUAGCAACUGCCUACCUGUUGGGGCUUUCCCAACCUCAUUCAGCUCUACCCAGUAGAAUACAGGGUUCCUGGUGUGGUCGUCUGGGCCACCCUCUGUUGUUCAUCCCCACUCAUCCUCCCAGAAUAGCUCCAUUCCUUGGAGGACUUGAAAUGUUACACUCAGAUUUGUCAAGGCACUCUUAGCCCCAGGACUUUUGGCCUUGUUUCUUAGCAAUCCCUGAUUCUGAUUCUGCUUCUGCAAGGUGGUGUAGUCUGUCAUAAAAUGACAAGAUU